UACAAAAUCCAAUUGGUUACAUAUACACACAUACAGCAAGCAGCCUAAAAAAACCAAUUGGUUUUUUUUUUCUACACAAAUGAAGCCGCGUGCGAAUGUGACAACAACAAAACUGCCAAACAAACAACAAAUCCUUUAAAAAAAAUAGAGCCCCCGUGCAAAAGGUUCCUAUUACUACAUGAAAAAAUAGCAGCACAGAUCACAAAAGUCAUAAAAAACAAGUGACAAGUGUAUUACUGAAACAUAAUUUUUUUUGGAAAAUGGCAGCCCUAGAAAAGCCCCCAAAAACCAAACUGAAGCUGUCUGAUUAGAAAAUUUAAAAGCUAGAGAUUCCAAUUAGUGUAUGUGUGAUUUUUUUUUAACCAAAAACUAAAACAAAUCGGAGGAACGUGCAAUAUAAAUUAUUAACGAAUAAAGGAGAGUAGGCCUAAGCAAAACCAAAACAAUAACGAAUAGAACUUUAUAGUAAGAAAGCCAAUUGGAAGUUUGCAUCCCAGUUGGAAUUGGGAGAUCGGCAGGACAUUGCCCUUCGCUGGGUUUGUGUGCCUGUGUCUGCGAAGUUUUGAAACACCUUCGGAAACUGGAAACAAAAAUGAGAAUUAAAAUGCCCGCGGUUCGAAUUGCACAAGGUGAGUCUAACGGUAAUGGCAGCACCACUGGUACCACUGGCACCACCAGCACCACUUGCACCACAUUGUGCGUCCGCCAAAUGUUCCCAAGCCACAUGAUCGGUCCAAGAGCCAAAGCAACCAAUUCCGACUCCACAGAGAACGAUGCCGGGGCCACACAGGACAUCCUCACGUGCGGCGCCUGCCAGAAGGCGUUCGCCCUCUCGGACAUUGUCAAGUUCAUCCAGCACAAGGUGCUGCAGUGCAACAAGGAGAACUACGGCCAGUGCGCCACCCAGAAUCCGCAGAUGGACCGCGAUGCGGAGGAGGGUCGUCCGCUCAGCCUCGUCAAUCGCCGCCCCUCGAUCUCCGCCCCCAUUUCCGGUCGCAAGUCCGCCCCAGCCUCGGCGGCAGCGGCGGUCGCCGCGGCAGCGGCAGCAGCAGCAGCGGCGGCGGCAGCAGCGGCAGCGUCGGCCGGCAGCACGGCCAGCGGAUCGAGGAUACACACACCACCACCGAGUCCGGCGGACCUGCUGGCCGACGGAGCCAGCAGUACGCCCAAGCGCUUAGUAGACGAAAACGACAAUACAACGCCCAAGGACAGUGAGACGGGCGCCACCACCCUCGAUUCGAAUGCCGCCCCCUCCAGUCCGGCGGCCAUUGAGCGCCAGUCCUCGGGCGACAGCAGUUGCGAAAUGGAGGAGCAGGAUCGGCAGGAUCGGCAGGAUGGGGUGGAUCGGCAGGCCAAGGUCAAGCAAGAGCCGUUCGAGGAGGAGGGCGCCAAUCACCAGCAGAUGGCGCAGGAGCAUGACGGCGAGCAGGAGGAGGAGGAGGAGGAGGAGGAGCGCUCACUGGCCAAGCGGCCCAAAAUGGAGCUGGUCGAUGCCGAGGCCAACACAGUCCACACAGAGCCCAGCAACUACACUUGCUCCACGUGCAAAACCCGCUACACCUCCGCCUGGCGCCUCAUCCAGCACGUCCAGCAUUCGCACGGCGUGAAGAUCUACGUGGAGAGUCCCGGCGGAGCACUGGGUGGUGCCACAUUAACGGUGGCCACGCCCGCCGCCCUCAACAGCAGUGCUCUGGCCUUGGCCGCCGCCGCAGCAGCCGCCGCUUCAGCCGCUUCCGCAUCCGCAUCCGCUUCCGGUUUGGCCAGUCCGCAGCCAGCGAAUUCGGCCAGCCCAAACUCGAUCGUUAAGCGAAGCAGUCCGGUGGCCAUGCUCUCCACCUCGGUGGGCUCCAGUUGCUCCAGCAACUCGCUGGCGAACACCAGCGGUGGCAGCAUCAGCAACACCAGCAGCAUUGGCUCACCCCAACAGCAGCAGCAGCAGCAGCAACAGCAGCAGCAGCAGCAACAGUUGCAGCUGCAACAACAGCAGCAACAGCAACGUGUGCACCAGCAACAGCGUGAGAAUCUGGCCUCGGCCAUGGCCGCUGGCAUGCGCCAUCAUCCGCUGCUGCCGCCGCCGGAGGCCAUGCACGCCAAUCCCUUCCAGCUGCUGCGCAUGCCCCUGCCGCCGGCGCUGGCCCAGGCCGGCAAUGUAGUUCCUACGGUGGCGCCGCUCUUCGGCCGCCCCUCGCCCGCCGACCACUAUCGCAUGGAGCAGCUGGUCAGCGAGCAGUUCCGCCACCACGGCUUCAGCCUGGCCGCCGCCGCAGCCGCUGCCCAAGCGCAAUUCAAUGCCAACGGUCAGGUGGUGGUCGGGCCAACCGGCGCAUCCGUGGAGCCACGUCCGCCCUCCUCCAGCAGCAGUGGCAGCCAGAGGGGCUCCGUGCCUCCGGCCGCCCUGCCGCCACCAUCUCUAAGCUCCCAGCAGCAGCAGCAACAGCAGCAGCAACAGCAAUCUGUGCAACAGCAACAGACCGCACAGCAGCAACAGAAUUCACAGCAGCAACAGCAGUCACAGCAGCAGCAGCAGCAGCAAUCCCAACAGACCUCCCAGCAGCAGCAGCAGCAGCAGCAGCAUCCAUCCCAGCUGAGCGCCGGUUUGGUGGGCGGAGCUGGUGGCUCGCUGAAACUAGAGCCCCAGCAGAUGGAUUUUUACUCGCAGCGAUUGCGUCAGCUUGCGGGCACAACAAGCCCUGGAGCUGGCAGCACUGUUAACUCGAGCUCGCCGAGUCCACGACAGAAGCAAUCGCCGCAUUUCGCGAGCCCCUCGCCCUCCCAGCAGCAGCAACAGCAACAGCAGCAGCAGCAGCAGCAACAUCAGCAGCAACAGCAGCAACAUCAGCAGCUGCAGCAGCAACAGCGACCCCAUUCCCUGACUCCGCCCGAGAAAAUGGGCGAGGGCAGCUCGGAGAAUGGCAGCCUGGGCCUGAUCCUUGCCAGCACUCCGCGCUCGGCCAGCACGCCGCCCUCGAAGACGGGCGAUGUGUGCCUGCAGGAGCCGAGCAACUGCUACGCCUGCAGCUACUGCGACAAGAAGUUCCGCUUCGAGAACAACCUGAUCAUCCACCAGCGGACGCACACCGGCGAGAAGCCGUACAAGUGCACGGCCUGCGAUUUCGAGUGCUCGCACAUCCAGAAGCUGAUGAAGCAUAUGCGGGUGCAUCGCAGUCCGGCGGAUGAGCAGGACAACCAGGAUAACCAGGACGAUGGCAGCAAUGCCGAUUCGCUGGAAACAAACGAGGCGGACAACGAUGACGAUCCCAAUCCCGAUGAGUCGGAGGAGGAGAUGGGCGAUGGCGAUGGCGACAAUGAUGGCGACCUAGAUGGCGAGGACGAGGACGAGGAUGAGCUGGACGAGUGCGAGGACAUGGACUACAAGGCGGAGGACCUGAGUGUGAGCAACCGCAUCGAUGGCAAGAGCCAGAGUCCCAAGACGACCAGUUCGGGUGCCACUUCGCUGGUGGGCGAACUGAUGGACAAGUUCGGCCUCUCGAACAUUGCCCAGUACAGUGAGGCCUACAAGCAGGCGCUGCAGGAAUCGGGUCGCAAGGAGGCGGCUGCCGCCGCAGCAGCAGCCGCCGCCGCCGCAGCGGAUAACAAUAAUCGCGGCGGAGGCGGAGGUGCUGGAGCCGGUGACAAGUUGAAUGGCCUGCCGGUGGCUGCACUGCGUCUGCGGGAUGAGUUCGCCAAGAACUGCAACAUGUUCCAGCCACAGCCGCAGGAUGGUGGUGCCCCCUCGCAGGUGCCCCUGUUCAAUCCCUUCCCCAAUCCCUUCGAGCUGAGCAAGCGCAUGAAGAUGGACGGCGGCGACUGGUGGGGCAUGUCCCAGGCCCUGCACCGCAACGAGGCGCUCUUCGAGAACCUCAAGCUCAAGCCGCUGGGCCUGGGCGGUGCCAACUCGCUGAUCCAGGGGCCGCUCCUCAAGAAGGAGAGCCGGCAGCGCAACGACACCUGCGAGUUCUGCGGCAAGGUGUUCAAGAACUGCUCCAACCUGACCGUUCACCGGCGCAGCCACACCGGCGAGAAGCCCUACAAGUGCGAGCUCUGCUCCUAUGCCUGCGCCCAGAGCUCCAAGCUGACGCGGCACAUGAAGACGCACGGCCGGACGGGCAAGGAUGUGUACCGUUGCCGCUUCUGCGACAUGCCCUUCAGCGUGCCCUCGACACUGGAGAAGCACAUGCGCAAGUGUGUGGUCAACCAGGGCAAGGCGGCAGCGGCCGCCAAUGCUGUGGCCGCUGCCCAGGCGGCCCAGGCCGCAGCUCAGCACAUUCAGGCGGCCGCCCAACAGGCCCAGGCGGUCCAGGCUCAGGCGGUCCAGGCCCAGGCGGCGCAGGCCCAGCAGCAGCAGCAGCAGCAACUGUCGCCCAUGGGCGUGGUCGGCUAUCCGCCGCAGUUUGUGGGCGGACACAAUCUCUCACUGCCGGGCAGCGUGAGCGGCGACAAUGACUCCAAUGCCUCAUCCAGUCUGACCGGCGUCCAUCCCAUUUCUCUCAAAGAGGAGGCAUGACUUUUCAGUGGCUUUCCCGUGCCGCUGGCGCCACCACCGCCACUGCAGCAGCAGCAGCAGCAGCAGCAACAGCAGACCAGUCGCAGUCGCAUCAUGUCGCGCAUCUUCUAAAGAUACCAGCCCAAGUCCCCUGUAAAUAUGACUUUUUUGAAAAAAGCCACACCCCAUCCCCCAACCCGCCCCCCCCAUUCAGCUCCUUCCAGGCGACGAAAAAAAACGACCAGAGGCAUUUAAUACCAAAGCAAUAACCGUUAUGUAAUAUAAUUUUAAAGAUUCGAACCUUUUUUUUGUUUAUAUAAAACUGAAAACUGACACACACACACAACAAACACA